AUCAAUAUACUACGGGAAAUCGACCCGUGGACAUGUCGGCCCAGCUACAUAUUGUACCAUAAUACUAAAUAAAACCAAAUAUUAAUGACCCUUCACCCAAGCCUCCAGAAGGGCAAGAAAAAAAAUCGAAUAUAUGCAGUAACGCGCUCACACUAACUAGACUUCUUUAUGUAACUUAACUGCGUGCUGAAUCCAACGUAUCGUAAUAUUAUUUCCUGAAAGAAAGGACAGCACUGUUGCAUUCAAAACUUUUAAUCGCCAACAACGGACGUUUCCCUUUUUCAGCGUGUAAUGGCCGUGAAGAAGCCAUAACACGCUGAAGGGCGCGCGGCCCGAAACGUCCGUUGUUGGCGAUUCAAAGUUUCGAAAGCAACCGAGUGCUGUCCUUGCUUUCAUGAAACCAUAAUACUCAACUCCAUUUCUAAAUUACGCUUAAUUUGGAAACAAUUCUGCUGCUUACCUUGCUAUGCCACAUGUAAAUCCCUUGGCUGUCGGGUGCAGCCUGCUGGCAACGACGACUAAUGUGCACACUGCACAGAAGUGCGGCCCCUCAUUACAAAUGCAUUGAACCGGAACUGAAAUCACACGCAGCCUCUUUUUUUUUAACCAAUCUGAUCACAGUUGAUUUACUAGUACGCCAGGUGUGGCCAUAAUAAGAAUGCAUGUACUUUUUCAAGGUAAGAGGAUUUACUCAGAAACGUUAAAGGAGCAAGAUAACGUUAUCUGUAUUCGUUUAUUAUGUUGAACAGAUCAAUUUAUAUUUAUCCUUGCUUUUACAAUUUUCUGUCUACAAGUUACCAGAAUCAUUGGGCUAGCUAGACUUUGACGUUAUAGUCACAUAUUAUAUAUAAUAUACACAUAUAAGUAUAUUUAUGAAUUUGAAUUAUUUAAAUAGUGAUAAAUUAACAAGUCAGUGAAGUCUUUGUGUUAACUUCUUGACUUUCUCCUACAACUCCUAUUUUAUUGUGGCUGUUGUGUUUAGAGAUAAACCAUGUACAUGUUACACAUGGAUCUUUAUGGCUUCACUGGAAGCAUCUAGCCCUGGAAUGUUGAAGAUCAGAGUCAGUUUAUGAACCAUUUUAUUUUUUUCCUUUUUGGAUAACUACUGUGGUUCUGGUAACUGCUCGAAACAGAUCAUGAGUCAGUCAAUAGGGAUGCUGUUCUUGCAUGUUGGGUUACUGUGUAAGGUUUAUGAUUUCCAAAUCACUUUCAGGGAGCCAUGUCAACCCGAAAAAAAAGAAUAAAGCCUGUUGAGGAAGCAACAUCAUUCAUUCUGCUCUCAAAGGACAAGCCAGGAAUUGAAGGAAAAUACAUUGAUAGCGAAAAAGGAAGAGGAGUUUUUGCUACCCAGCCCAUCGAACCAGGUGCCUUUGUCGUGGAGUAUAAAGGAGACCUUAUAUCGGUGGAGGAAUGCCAAUCAAGACAAUACUCAGAGACGGAGAGUACAUUUCUUUUUGAGUUUGAAUGGCAGAAACAUCGCUAUUGUAUUGACGCAUCCAAAGAAGAUGGAUCGCUGGGAAGAUUAGUCAAUGACAACAACAAAUCUCCAAAUUGCACCAUUAAACAAAUCGCAGUAAACAACAGGCCCCACUUAUGCCUAUUUGCUGUGAAGAAAAUAGAAAUAGGAACGGAAAUUGAUUACAGCUAUGGAGAUUCGAAGUGGCCGUGGCGUAAUAAGGUGCCAAUCAGUCAGUCUCCUGCAGUGGAAGCAGAGUCCAAGAAAAUCCCUGCUGCAGAAGACACUUCACCUAACGAGUCCGAUUUUGCGGAUAAUGUUGGGACACAGGUGCCGAUCAGUCCGUUUCCUGCAGUGGAAGUAGAGACCAAGAAGCUCCCUGCUGCAGAAGACACUUCACCUACCGAGUCCGAUUUUGCGGAUAAUGUUGGGACACAGGUGCCGAUCAGUCUGUUUCCUGCAGUGGAAGUAGAGACCAAGAAGCUCCCUGCUGCAGAAGACACUUCACCUACCGAGUCUGAUUUUGCGGAUAAUGUUCGGACACAGGUGCCGAUCAGUCCGUUUCCUGCAGUGGAAGUAGAGACCAAGAAGCUCCCUGCUGCAGAAGACACUUCACCUCCCGAGUCUGAUUUUGCGGAUAAUGUUGGGACACAGGUGCCGAUCAGUCCGUUUCCUGCAGUGGAAGUAGAGACCAAGAAGCUCCCUGCUGCAGAAGACACUUCACCUACCGAGUCCGAUUUUGCGGAUAAUGUUGGGACACAGGUGCCGAUCAGUCCGUUUCCUGCAGUGGAAGUAGAGACCAAGAAGCUCCCUGCUGCAGAAGACACUUCACCUACCGAGUCUGAUUUUGCGGAUAAUGUUGGGACACAGGUGCCGAUCAGUCCGUUUCCUGCAGUGGAAGUAGAGACCAAGAAGCUCCCUGCUGCAGAAGACACUUCACCUACCGAGUCCGAUUUUGCGGAUAAUGUUGGGACACAGGUGUUUACUUCCCAAGUAACUUCCCUAGUGGAUUAUUCUGACAGUGAUGAUUCCAUGGAAGUUGCUCCAGAAAAGCUGGAUAGUGAAUCAGAUUCUUCAGGACCCCAGUACCAUUCAGAUUCAACUUUAGUUGAUGAAACUGACGAUCCUGAUUCUCUAAAAGCUCAUUCCAGUGAGCAAUCAUAUUUCGUGCCAAUGCUGAAAAGGACCAAUAGUAUUCUGAUGAAGGAUAGAGUACCAGAUUUUUCCAAUAGUCUCUAUGAUUCAACUGAUGACAUCACAGAGUGCAAUUCUCCCAAGAGUGAAAUGGGGGCCAAAAGGCCAAGGAGAGACCGCUGCUGUCCUACACUUAUUGGAUCAGAUGACUCAAGUUUUGACAGUGAAGAUGACUAUAUUCCACACCCCAGUGAGGAAACCACAGACAGUGACGGCUUGGAAUUAUCUAUGAAGGCUAAAGGCAAGAAAAAAAGUACAUCUGCUGUUAAAAGCAGAAGUAAGUCCACCAGUCAGAGCAGUAAGAAUGCAAGCCACAACAACAGUGGGUCCAGAGAGAGUACAAGCUUUGGAGAUGAGUGUAUUCCACAACCAAGUGAGUCCAGCACAGACAGCAACUGCAGCUUAGAGUCAUCCAUAAAAGAUAAAGAAAAGAACAAAGUUACAUCCAAUGUCAAAAGCAGAAGUAAGUCCAUCAGUCAAAAAGGGUUUGCACCCAGUCAGAGAAGAAGUAAGGCGUCAAACCAGAGCAGCUCUGGGUCCAGCAAAAGCAUAAAACAGAACUUUGUAACAAUAGCUGAUGAGAAUGAGGAAACAGUGGUGCAAACACAUAUUAAUGAGGAUUCAAGUGUUCCACUGCCCUUUGAAGAAGAGCUAUGUGUUUAUGUUAACCCAGUUUUAAAAGGGGAGGAUGGAUCAAGGAAAUAUAACAAGAAACAUCGCUGCUUUUACUGUGGACAAGUUGUUCAGAAAAUGUCCAGACACUUGUUGCGCAAGCACAGUGAUCAAGUAGAUGUAGCAAAGGCAUGUAGUUUGCCAAAGAACUCCAGUGAAAGAAGGCGGCAGUUAGAUUACAUCCGAAAUAAGGGGAAUUUUGAACACAACAUUGAUGUUUUGGAGAAGAAAAGAGGCAAGCUUAUCCCAUGUAAACAACCAACAAAAAAAAGUGAAGGAGGAAAAUUUGCUCAUUGUGUGUACUGCUACGGAUUGUUCACAAAACGAGUGAUGUGGCGACAUUUUCAAGUCUGCCAAUUCAAGCCCCAGAGUAAUCCUUCAAAACAGGGUAAAACAAGAGUUCAAGCAUUGUGUGCAUUUGCUGAACCUGUUCCACAAGGAUAUAGCAAUGCAUACUGGAAGUUCCUAAGCAACAUGAACCAAGACAACAUUGCAGUUGCAGUGAAGAAAGACCCCUGCCUCCUAAAGUAUGGCUACAGAUUAUUCAGGAAGGUUGAGAAAGUGAUCAGCCAACACCAGUUUGUCCGCCAAAAACUGCGAGAGCUUGGCCGAUUGCUCCUAGAGGUGACUAAAAGUAAACCUGUUAAGACCAUAAGGGACCUCAUAAAACCUGGGGAGUAUAAUCGAGUUGUCAAUGCUACUGGAUGUCUUGCUGGGUUGAAUGAAGAAACGGGAACAUAUAAAAUACCAUCACUGGCUCGCAAGGUUGGACAUAGUUUACAUUCCUUAGCCAUGUAUCUCAAAUCUGAAGGAUUAAAGGAAAAUGACAAACAGGCUGUGCAAGAUGCUGAUGACUUUGCAGCUCUGUACAAGGAAAGCUGGAAAUUUGAUAUUGGAGGUCUAGCGAAAACUCAGCUUGACCAGACCAAAUGGAACGCCCCUCAACUCCUACCAUUUACAGAAGAUGUAAAAAAUCUUCAUUCCUUUUUGUCUGAAAAACAGCUGAAGGACUUGAAUGCCCUGAAAGAAAACCCGUCACCUUCAAGAUGGAAAAAGCUUGCCAAAGUAUCGCUGACACAGGUUAUCCUCUUCAACCGCCGUCGGGCAGGAGAGGUAUCCAGAAUGCCUCUGUCUGUGUACUUAUCCAAGGAUACAUCAGAAACACAUGAAGAUGUUAAUUUGGCCCUAACAGCGCUUGAGCAGAAACUUUGCAAACAUUUUUUACGCAUGACUAUAGUAGGGAAGAGAGGAAGGAAAGUACCGGUUCUUAUAACUCCACUCAUGAGAGAAUCACUUGACACUCUAACAGAGAAGCGAGAAGAAUGUGGAGUGCUGAAGGAAAAUGAAUACUUGUUUGCCCUGCCCCAUUCUAUCCACUACCUCCGGGGAUCAGACUGCAUUCGGCAGUUUGUGAAGGAAUGUGAAGACAUCAGAAAUCCCCAGGCGCUUACCUCAACAAAAUUAAGAAAACACAUUGCCACUCUCUCAGCUGUCCUCAAUCUCAAAACUACAGAACUUGACCAGUUGGCGGAUUUCCUUGGACAUAACAUUGCUGUCCACAGGCAGCACUACCGCCUUCCAGAGGGUACCCUACAGUUGGCCAAAAUAAGCAAAGUUCUCCUGGCAUUAGAACAGGGAAGGCUAGGCGAAUACAAGGGCAAGAGUCUGGAUGAGAUCCAGCUUGAUGUGAAUGAGACUGUUGAUAUAGAGUGUUCGCAGAAGCGUUCAGAGGAGAUGGAGGGUUCAGAGGAAGACAUGGACGGAUCACAGGAGAAGGAAGGCUGUCCAAAGAGCUGUAGACGGGGUGAGACUGCUGCUAUAGAGUGUUCGCAAAAGAGUUCACAGGAGAUGGAGGGUUCAGAAGAAGACAUGGACUGUUUACAGGAGAAGGAAGAUGCCUGUGAGACAGAGGCGGAAGGAAGAGAGUCUGCAAGAAAGAGAGGCAAAAAAACUGUAAAAAAGCGAAGCUGGACACAAGAGGAAAGUGCUGCAGUGGAAAGGCAUCUGGGGAGGUUUAUGAGAAGGAACCAAGUACCAGGUAAACGUGACUGUGAAAGUUGCGUUGCUGCCGAAUCAGAAGUCCUUGAAACCAGAGACUGGAAAGCCGUCAAAUAUUUCAUAAAAAAUCGAAUCUCUGCCAUGAGACGGAAACUUCAGUGAACAGUUGUUUUCUCUCUUAUCCACCUUUCCCUGAAUGUCAUGGUGGGAAAACGUUGAACCUUUUGUUAUUUUUUUCUUUUGAGAGAUGUUUAUCCGAACUUUAUUCUCAAAACACAGUUCAAAUUGACACUUCACUACACCAUCAAACCAGUAACCACUGCACCACUAACCCAACUCCCGAAUAGUAUUAUCUUCAAGCUUAUUAUCUUCAAGUGUUUAUUUAAUCUUUUAGGGAAAACAGCAAAAACAUAGCUUUAAAAUAUAAGAACAAGCUAAGGAAGCUAACUUAGCUCACUGUUGUGUUCAACGACUCGUCAGUUGGUUUUGUUCAGGAGUUCAACCAAAAUAAUUACACCAUUACAUCAUUACUCAUUACACCAUUACUCCAAUAACAGCUAAGAGUUGCAUGAGAAGAUCAAGGAGAUGAUGUUUAGAGGUGCUGAGGAACACCCCCAGGCAUAGUUUGAUCGCCUUUUUUGUCUAUUGUACAGUUUUUGUAUGUCGAGGAGAAUGCAGAUUAACAGCAAGUUCUUCUGGUUCUCCUCAGUUUUUCACCAGCUCUGCUAGUCGCUGCAGCUUGUUAUGUGUAUCUGUCAGUAGUUGCUUAGCUUCAUCUCUGAGGCUCUACACCUUUUGUUCUGUUCUGUUCUGUUUGAAGGGAGUUGACUAGUAAAAAAUAAAUGUUAUUCUUUGAGAAUAAAGUUGAAACAAUGGAAAUUACUAAUGUCUUCUGCUAGUUUCUUUGAGCCUCGUGAAGAUAUAAAGACUAGAAAUAUGUGUGUACAAGUGGACCUCACAACGUUUUUGUGCUAGUAAUAUGUGUGUGUACAAUUGGACCUCACAAGGUCUUUGUGCUAGAAACCGGACCACAUAAGUGGGCAAAAAACUUUUUGGACAAAAGUUUGGAAAUCUUUACAUUUGAAGUGCUGGUAAUUAAAAAUAUUUUUUUUUUAGCUUCCCUGAUUUUUUACAGAGCUGUAGGAGCACUGG